CCAAUUCAAGAUGGUGCUUUCUGGCUGCUGGUGGUGUUUUUUUUUGUUUUUUUUUUAAGUAUUCAACUGGUUUGUCCUCUUUAUAGGUGGAGGGUAAUAGGGGAACUUCUUUUAACUGCUCGUUCGCCCACCUCAGAAGAAGCAGGAAGAUGCAGCCACGGAUGUGGGUUUGGCUUCACCGUUGCACACAAAAGCUUUUAGAACAGAACAAGCUUUCAGUCAUGAAUCCAGAGGAGCAAACGGUGACUUGGUUGAUUUCUAUGGGGGCUUUAAACUCCCCCAAAAUGAUGGUGGAGGACCCCGUGCAAUUCCUCAAGGCAUCCCUGAAGGACGGAGUCGUCCUUUGCAAACUCCUCCUCCGACUUCUGCCGGGCUCUAUCGAAAAGUAUUGCCUGGAGCCCAAGACGGAAGCUGACUGCCUUGGCAAUAUCCAACAGUUUUUAAAUGGGUGCGCAGCAGCACUGAAAGUGGAGCUGUUUGAUGCCCACGAUCUCUACUCAGGAGAAAACUUCUCCAAGGUACUGACUGCCCUUUUGUCUCUCAACAAAGCAACGGAAGAUCCAGGAAGUUCUACCAGGAAGCCAUGUUCUCAGCCGCUUUCUCCGGCCCCCGGUGACUGCCAGCCCCUGACCCAAGCAGCCUCCACUCGGCCAUCGAGAGUGUUGCAGAGACAGUCAAGAGUUGGGGAGAUGACCGAGAACGGCAGCCACCAACUUGUGGUCAAGGCCCGUUUCCAGUUCAAGCAGACCAACGAAGAUGAGCUGACCAUCAACAAGGGGGACAUCAUUUACGUCACCCGCACUGAGGAAGGGGGCUGGUGGGAAGGGACUCUGAAUGGGAAGACCGGCUGGUUCCCCAGCAACUACGUCCGGGAAAUUAAAUCCACCGAUAAACUGCUCUCUCCUAAGGCUUUGAAAGCGGGUGAAGGCCCUCAACUCACCAAAAAUUACUAUGCUGUGGUACUUCAAAAUAUUUUGGAAACGGAGCGAGAGUAUGCCAAGGAGCUACAGUCCCUUCUAGGAACGUACUUGAAGUCUCUCCAGUCAUAUGACAAGCUGAGCACUACGGACAUUGCCUCUCUACUUGGCAAUGUGGAGGAGAUCUGCAACUUUCAACAGACGCUCAACCAGACGCUGGAAGAAUGUGCUAGACUUCCCGAACACCAGCAAAGAGUGGGAGGCUGCUUCCUAAGCCUGAUGCCCCAAUUUGCGUCUCUGUACCUCACUUACUGCACUAACCACCCAUCUGCGGUCAACGUCUUGACCCACCACAGCGAUGAAUUGGAGAAGUUCAUGGAGAACCAAGGGAUGGAUACUAGGAUACUGACCUUGACCACGAGUCUCAGCAAACCGUUCACACGGCUGGACAAGUACAUUGCCCUUCUGCAGGAACUUGAGAGGCACAUGGAGGAGGCACAUCCUGAUCAUGAAGACAUUUUGAAAGCCAUAGGAUCCUUCAGGUCUCUUGUGUCCCAGUGCCAAGAGAUGAGAAAGAGGAAGCAACUGGAACUGCAGAUCCUUUCAGAAACCAUCCAAGGUUGGGAAGGAGAAGACAUCCGGUCCAUGGGCAGCGUCCUUUAUAUGUCCCAAGCCAUGGUCCAAUAUGGAGGGAAUGAGGAGAAAGAAGAAAGAUACCUCAUGCUGUUUCCAGGCGUUCUGCUGGUGCUCUCAGCCAGUCCUUGUAUGAGUGGAUUCGUGUACAAGGGGAGACUGUCUUUAAUAGGAAUGCUGGUGGCCAAAUCAGAUCUGGAAGGAAACGAUCAUGCUUUUGAGAUCUCAGGGAGCAUGGGAGACCGGCUCACGGUUCACUGCAGUAGCAGCCAAGAUUUGCACGAGUGGCUUGACCACCUCCAACGGCUGACCAGAGGAACCACUUUCAGCGGUACCCUCUCGAAAACCCAGUCUUGGGGCUCCCAUUCGACUUUUAGCUCUACUGGACAAUGCCGUGGCCCACUGGAACCACCCCAGAUCCUCAAACCUUGGACCUUGAGUUGCCUUCGCCCAGCACCUCCUCUCAAGCCAUCAGUGGCCCUCAGCUAUAAAGAGCGGAUGUCCUACAUCUUAAAGGAUGCCAGUAAGAGCCCAAAGACGAUGAAAAAGUUCCUGCCCAAAAGAAAAACAGAGAGGAAGGCAUCGGAUGAGGAGUUUGUUAUUAGAAAAAGUACAGUUGCCUUAGAGGAAGACGCUCAGAUCCUCAAGGUGAUUGAGGCGUACUGCGCAGGGGCGAGUCUACAGCAGAACGUCGCUUCAGGGUCCCGCAAAGAUUCAGUCCCCCAGGUCCUACUUCCGGAAGAGGAGAAACUAAUCAUCGAGGAAGUGCGGAGUAACGGGCAGACUGUGGCUGAGGAGAAGAGUCUUGUGGAUACCGUCUACGCGCUAAAAGACGAAGUCAAAGAACUGAAGCAGGAGAACAAACGAAUGAAGCAAUGUCUGGAAGAAGAGCUGAAAUCCAGGAAAGAUUUGGAAAAAUUGGUCCGAAGGUUACUGAAGCAAACGGACGACAGUAUUCGAGAAGAGACCGGCCGCCGUUCCUCGAUGCUAGCUUGAACCCCGCAAACCCCACUCAGGAAAGUUUUCAGCCGCCUCUUGUACUCCCUCGCUCCUUCGGCAGGGAAUCACGCCUCUUUUGCUUCUUCGUCGCACAAAAGAAAAGAUAAAAACAAAUAGCCCAGCUGUUUUAUUUUUUAUUUUUAUUCCUCCUCCCCCUCGUUUUGCAUGCUGCUCACGGCCGGCGAAGAUUUGCUCCAAAAUGGACAUCACAAAAGUCGCAAAAAA